CCUUAAAGAGUUGCUGAGAGCCAAAUUAAUUGAAUGUGGCUGGAAGGAUCAGUUGAAGGCACACUGCAAAGAUGUCAUUAAAGAAAAAGGAUUAGAGCAUGUUACUGUUGAUGAUCUGGUGGCAGAAAUCACUCCCAAAGGCAGAGCCUUGGUACCAGACAGUGUAAAGAAGGAACUCUUGCAAAGAAUAAGAACCUUCCUUGCCCAGCAUGCCAGUCUUUAA